AUGACCUCUUACGAAGAAAAGAAGGCAGAGACUUUGAAAGGCUCCCUCGCCGGAAAUGGGGGGACAUCGCAGGAAGCUCUUUUUGGUUUGGCGGCCGGAGCAGUUUUCGGAAUGAUUUCUCCGUUGGUCGGUCAUCCCUUUGAUACGGUCAAAACUCGAAUGCAAGCCGAAGCGAGCUAUGCAAAUACUGGAUUUCUGCAGACUGUUAUGCACAUCUACAAAGCAGAAGGAGCUAGGGGCUUUUAUCGCGGCUUUAUUCCGCCUCUAGUCGGCUCCAUCGCUUUUCGUGGACUUCUUUUCAGUGCGUACUCAGGUGCAUACGCGGCUUGUGAGCAAAUUCCUGUUUUACACGAUCCACUUCCUUACACCGGAGGCUUGAGACCAAGUGUCAUAGUUGGGGCUAUGGCAGCGGCUUUUUCCAGAGCUGUGAUCGAGUCGCCCCUGGAUUUUGUGAAGGUCCGAAUAAUGGUCGGCAAAGAGGCGAUGCUCGAUUCGUCCUCUUCGAAAGUUGUCAAAAAUUCAAUGGUGUCAUCUUUUCGAUUAUUUUCUGCUUCACCGGUAUCAUCUAUACGUCAUGUCUACCACGGCUUUUUCCCGACUCUUUUUCGAACAAUGGGCUUGCUGGGAUCCUUCUUUGUAAUGGUGGACUAUUCUGUACGAUACAUUCCAGAUGUCGUCAACGCCCCUGUCACUGGGCCGUUCUUUAAAGGCGGCGUAUGCGCAACAGCUGCUUGGGUAUUUGCCUUUCCGUUCGAAUCAGUCAAGUCAGUUAUUCAAGCAGAUACAACAGGAAAGUACAAGAAUUUGAGGAACUCGACUUGGGUUGUUAUGCGACAACUCCAUCGGGAACGAGGAAUCAAAGGAUUGUAUCGAGGAUUUGCACCAGGAGCAUCAAGGUCUUUCGUGGCAAAUGGCGUGAGUAUGUCAGUCUAUACAUGGUUCCAAAAUUACCUGAGAACCGAUACCGCUAUGUAG